AUGGGCAGCUACAUCGGCUCGCAGACGGUGAAGAAGGUGAUUGAAAUCAACGACUUCCUGCUAGGAACCAUGGCUGGCGGUGCAGCUGAUUGCUCGUUCUGGGAACGUCACCUCAAUCGCCUCUGCCGCAUGCACGAGCUUCGAGAGAAGGAGCGAAUCUCCGUGGCUGCAGCUUCCAAGCUGUUGGCAAAUAUCUUCUGGCAGUACCGAGGCCAGGGCCUGUCUUGCGGAACCAUGGUCGCCGGAUGGGACAAGAAGGGCCCUUCGCUGUACAUGGUGGAUGACCAGGGAGACCGCCACAAGGGCAAUGUUUUCUCAGUGGGCUCUGGUUCGACCUUUGCCUACGGUGUGCUCGACUCUGGCUACCGCUACGACCUGUCUGUUGACGAGGCCGUGGAGCUUGGUAGGCGAUCGAUCUACCACGCAACGCACCGCGACGGGGCCUCCGGCGGCGUGGUGCGCGUCUACCAC